AAAUUAUAAAUCCGUCACCGCGACAACAACCAAAGAGACAUAAUUUCUCACGACAACGACGCGGAAAAGGGAGAAGUAGUUCUAUCUACAAACGGGUAUCAACUCAUAUCAAUUUCUCAAUACACGUCAACGAAUCUACACGACAAUGUCCGACCUCCCCGAAACCUUCGAUCGUCCUGUUCAUAUCGCCGUAAUAGGUGGUACUGGACUUUACAAGAUCGAAGGCUACACACCCAUUGCCCGCGUCAACCCUUUGACACCUUGGGGAUAUCCCUCAGCUCCCAUACUUAUCCUCGAGCACGGUGGUGUUCCUGUCGCCUUUCUAUCCCGUCACGGUGCCCAUCACCAAUAUGCCCCUCACGAAAUUCCCGCCCGUGCCAAUAUCGCCGCUCUACGUCACAUCGGUGUGCGUUCCAUCGUCGCCUUCUCCGCCGUAGGCUCCCUACGCGAAGAGAUCAAACCCAUGGACUUCGUCGUACCCGACCAAGUAAUUGACCGCACCAAGGGUGUCCGACCAUCUACCUUCUUUGAGGGCGGUCUUGUCGGCCACGUAUCCUUCGGUGACCCCUACGAUGACAAGAUUGCCCAGGUUGUGCGCCAGUGCGCAAAGUCCAUGCAGGGUGACGGUGUGGUAUUACAUGGAACCGGAACUGCCAUCUGUAUGGAGGGACCUCAAUUCUCGACCCGCGCCGAGUCGAACCUCUACCGUUCUUGGGGCGGUUCCGUGAUUAGCAUGUCGUUGUUGCCGGAAGCCAAGCUGGCUAGAGAAGCCGAGAUAGCAUUGCAGGUUAUUUGCAUGGCCACUGAUUAUGAUUGCUGGCACACGACAGAAGAUGUUGACGUAUCUAUGGUCAUGCACUAUAUGGAGAGUAACAGCAAGAACGCCCGUCGGCUAGUAGGCGCUGUUCUGGAUGAAUUGUGCAAAAAUGAAAACAGUGACUUGGUUACUGCCAAGCAUUGGGAGGGUGCCAGCAAGGGCGCCGUUAUGUUUUGCACCAAGCCUGAAGGCCGGAAUCCCGAAGCCCUAAAAAAGGUCCAGUAUCUAUUUCCGGGGUUCUUAUCAGAGUAAUAAUCAUGUUGGCAUACUGAAAAAAAAACACGGCAUAGAGGAAUGGUAAGAUAUCUAGACAUAGACUACUCUUAUAAGCUACUUCACGAUAGAGGGAUUUGGUAGUAUCGCUGUCUGUGCUCAUCUACCAAUGCUCGCUCUGCAAGUUAUAAAAGUUGGCCGCUUUAAAAGCCCAUAUGAGUAACCUUGGGGGCGUCCGGGCUUCUCACCAGCCUGGAAUUUUUCAUGCUCUCUAUCCCCCCUUUUAAAAAUAACCGACCCAUUAAAUCUCUCCCAAGGAUUACAGACAUGAAACAGGUUAUCAUCAUUUACUGCUAAUACAUAAGUACCUAGGCACUUUUCCAGUAUAG